CCGCCGGGGUCGGGGGCGGAGAGCGUGUGAACCAAUGACCUGAAGGAGUUAGGAAGGGCGGGAUUAGGCCCGCGGUUACUUAACGCUACCCUGGUGGGAGGUGAUUUAAGAAAUGGGGUGAAGGGUGCCUCAACUGCUCUUCGCGUCGCCGUCCUUCUGGCCCGCGGAAGUUAAGCAGCAGAGAGGCGGGCCUAGCGCCGGAAGCAGGAAGGAGGGCGCAGGAAGCAGGGCCCCGUAGCCAGUUUCGCUGUCGGUCCGUGGGUCUGUCGGUCCCGAGGGCAGGAUGGAGAAGCUGCGGCUGGUGGGCCUCCGCUACCAGGAGUACGUGACUCGUCACCCGGCCGCCACGGCCCAGCUGGAGACGGCAGUGCGCGGCCUCAGUUACCUGCUGGCAGGUCGUUUCGCGGAUUCGCACGAGCUGUCAGAGCUGGUGUACUCUGCCUCUAACCUGCUUGUGCUGCUCAAUGACGGAAUCCUACGGAAGGAACUUCGGAAAAAAUUACCCGUGUCCCUGUCCCAGCAGAAGCUGCUGACAUGGCUGAGCGUGCUGGAGUGUGUGGAGGUGUUCAUGGAGAUGGGGGCCACCAAGGUGUGGGGUGAAGUAGGACGUUGGCUCGUCAUCGCCCUCAUCCAGCUGGCCAAGGCUGUACUUCGGAUGUUCCUGCUGAUCUGGUUCAAGACUGGCCUCCAGACCUCACCCCCCAUCGUUCCGCUGGACAGGGAGACCCAGGCACGGUCCCGGGAUGGUGACCACAGCGCUGGUAACCAGGAGCAGUCAUAUGUGGGGAAGCGGUCAAACCGGGUGGUGCGAACCCUCGAGAACACUCCGUCCCUGCACUCCAGGCACUGGGGGGCCCCGCAGCAGCAGGAGGAGCUGGGCGUCGCCCCCACCCCACUGGGGCUGCAGGAAACCAUCGCCGAGUCCUUGCAUAUCGCCCGGCCUCUGCUGCACUUGCUCAGCCUGGGCCUCUGGGGUCAGCGGUCGUGGACACCCUGGCUCCUGUCCGGUGUCGUGGAUGUGACCAGCCUGAGCCUCCUGAGCGACAGGAAGGGCCUGACCCGGCGGGAGCGGCUGGAGCUGCGGCGCCGGACCGUCCUGCUGCUCUACUACCUGCUGCGCUCCCCCUUCUACGACCGCUUCUCCGAGGCCAAGAUCCUCUUUCUACUCCAGCUCCUGGCAGACCACGUCCCAGGCAUUGGUCUGAUCACAAGGCCGCUCAUGGAUUACUUGCCCAACUGGCAGAAAAUUUAUUUCUACAGUUGGGGCUGACGGACAUUCCGCAAGUGGGGUGUGGGGAGGGGCAGGGGGUGCAUCAGCUCUUCAAGUCCCUGGGCCCCUUUGCCCUAAUAAAACUGACUCUGGCAGCGUA